AUGAGUCGAACAACGUUCCCAGCCCACAACUUGUACGAGACCCUGGGUGUCUCUAGAAGCGCCAGUACCGUCGAAAUCAGAAAGGCAUACAGGGAACUCUGUUUGACCAACCACCCAGACAAAGCCGGUUCCACAUCAACGGCAACUGCCAGAUUCGUCAAGAUAAAGGAAGCAUACGAGAUUCUGGGUAACCCAGAUGCUCGGCGCCAACACGAUGACCAUGCUAGUUCGGAUGCACGGGGCAGUAGCCACCGACAUGACGACACCAGAGAUAGAGCCAGCGCCCAGGCAUUGAUCAGGAAGAGGAUCCUGAAGUACACGCUCCCGCUCCUGGAGUACAGGCAGACAAAGGUCGCGGACAAUCUUCGUAUCCUGAAAGAGGACAAAGUCGCAAUAUUGGACAUCAUCGAAGCGUUCGGGCUCAUGGGGGACGACGUCGGGCAUAAGCUCUGGAACGGGCUGUUCAUUCAGAUCGAGACUGCCAUGACGAUGGCCACGCGCGAAUUCACCCACGUCAAUGACCGUCUGGCCGAUAUUGCCAAGGGGCACAUCCGCACUACUGACGAGGGUCUCCCAAAGACUCUGGCCCGGAUUGAGGGCAUGGUGGCCAUCAUGCAAUGCGCGGCUUUGGCGCUGGUCGAGUUGACUCAUCUCUUGGAGGAGGAAAGGUUUACGUACGAGGACGUGAUGGAGCAAAUGCGGCGCCAAUUGGGCAUCUGGGCGAACCCUGGUAAUAGUGUACAUUUCUUUUAA